AUAAAAUUCAAGCAUUGGAAGUGGUGAAGGAUUUAUUGUGAUAUGGCUCACCAUGCUGAUGAUGAAUCUCUGUCAUUUGGGGGCUCAAACCAUGCUCAGGGUCAACAAGCUGUGCCAUUUCAGUCCAGCAAGGAUUCUAUCAAGGUUUUUCUGUUACAUGGGAACUUAGAUAUUUGGGUCAGGGAGGCCAAUAACCUUCCUAACAAGGAUAUGGUCCAUAAAACAUUUGUGGACAUGUAUUCGAAAGUCAAUGGGGAGCAUAACAGACUAGGUCGCGCGCUUUUGAAAUUACCUAAGGUUGGCAGCAAAAUAGAAGGGCAUAUGUCAAAGACGAUAACCAGUGAUCCCUAUGUCACAGUAUCAGUAUCAGAUGCUACAAUCGUGAGGACUUUUGUGGUUAGUAACAGCGAGAACCCUGUUUGGAUGCAGCAUUUUAAUGUUCCUGUUGCACAUUAUGCUGCAGAAGUGCGUUUCGUUGUCAAAGACAAUGAUGUUGUUGAUUCCCAAAUUAUGGGUGCUGUGGGAAUCCCAAUAGAGCAAUUAUGCUCUGGCAUGAAGAUCGAGGGAACCUUCCCCAUCCUCCGUGAUAGCGGGGAGCCUUGUAAGGCUGGUGCUGUCUUGUGUUUAUCGAUUCAGUACACACAAGUGGACAAACUCAUGAACCUUUAUCAUGGAGUAGGUUCAGCUCCUGAUCACCAAGGUGUCCCUGGUACCUACUUUCCACUUAGGAGAGGUGGAAAAUUGACACUCUAUCAAGAUGCCCAUGGUCAUGAUAUUGAUGGUUGCCUUCCCACUUUGGAGCUUGAUGGUGGUGUUCAGUAUGUGCAGGGGAAUUGUUGGCAUGACAUCUUUCAAGCAAUAACUCACGCAAGUCGUUUGAUAUACAUUUCAGGGUGGUCGGUGAACCACAAUGUCAGACUGAUUCGAGAUAGUAAUGGAGCAACUGUUAGCAUGUUGGGGGAUCUUCUCAAGACCAAGUCGCAGCAAGGUGUAAGGGUGCUGCUCCUCGUAUGGGAUGAUCCUACUUCUCACAGCAUUUUGGGAUAUAAAACAAUGGGCAAAAUGGAAACCUAUGAUGAGCAGACUCGCAGUUUUUUCAAGCACUCUUCGGUGAUAGUGCGUUUGUGCCCUCGAUCUGGUAGAAAAUGUCAUAACUGGGCCAAGAAGCUGGGAGAUGGCGUAAUCUAUACCCAUCAUCAGAAAAUAGUGAUUGUGGAUGCUGAUGCAGGUGAUAACCAUAAAAGAAAGAUCGUGGCAUUUGUCGGAGGUCUUGAUCUAUCUUUGGGCCGACAUGACACUCCAAAACAUCCUCUUUUCAGGACUUUACAAACAGUGCACAAAGACGACUAUCAUAACCCUACCUUCAAGGGGGCUCCUGUUGGUUGUCCAAGACAACCAUGGCAUGAUUUGCAUUCUCUUAUUGAUGGUCCUGCUGCAUAUGACAUCCUCACCAAUUUUGAGGAGCGCUGGUUAAGGGAAUCAAAACUCCAUGGAAUUCGUAGGCUACUAAAAGCAUCAUCACAUCAUGAUGAUGCACUACUCAGGAUUGAAAGAAUUACUGACAUCAUUGGGAUUGCAGAUAUUACUUACCAAAGUCAAAAUGAUCAAGAGGAUUGGCAUGUACAGGUUUUUCGUUCAAUUGAUUCAAAUUCUGUGGAAGGAUUUCCGAAUGACCCUAAAGAUGCUACGAAAAUGAAUCUUGUAUGCGGGAAGAAUGUACUGAUAGACAUGAGCAUACAUACAGCAUAUGUGAAGGCAAUCCGUGCUGCCCAAAAAUUCAUUUAUAUUGAGAACCAGUACUUCCUCGGAUCGUCAUACAACUGGGAUUCUCACAAAGAUUUAGGUGCAAACAAUUUAAUACCAAUGGAAAUUGCUCUCAAAAUUGCCAACAAAAUAAAAGCGAAUGAGAGAUUCUCUGCAUAUAUUAUUAUCCCAAUGUGGCCAGAAGGUGAUCCUUCAAGCAUCGUCACUCAGCAGAUUCUCUAUUGGCAGCAUAAAACAAUGCAAAUGAUGUAUGAAAUGAUUUACAAGGCUUUAAAGGAGGUUGGACUUGAGAACAAGUAUGAGCCACAAGACUAUUUGAAUUUCUUUUGCCUUGGCAAUCGUGAGGCACUAGACGGGGAAGACAAUUUAGAAGCGAAAAAUUCAACUGCUGCAAUGACUCCUCAAGCUCUUCCUGAGAAGAGUAGGCGUUUUAUGAUUUAUGUCCACUCAAAAGGAAUGAUUGUGGAUGAUGAGUAUGUCAUACUGGGGUCUGCAAAUAUCAACCAGCGGUCAAUGGAAGGCAUCAGAGACACUGAAAUAGCAAUUGGUGCAUAUCAGCCUAAUCAUACAUGGGAAAGAAAACUUUCUAGUCCACAUGGACAGAUCUAUGGAUACAGAAUGUCAUUAUGGGCAGAGCACACUGGAGUGCAGGAGGAUUGCUUCAAGCAACCAGAGAGCCUUGAAUGUGUGAAACGGGUACGGCUCAUGAGCGAGCUCAAUUGGAGACAAUAUGCAGCUGAUAAGGUAACAGAAAUGAAGGGUCACCUAUUAAGGUAUCCAGUGAACGUUGAUCGAACAGGCAAAGUGAAGCCUCUUCAUGGCUGUGAGACAUUCCCAGACGUGGGCGGGUAUGUGAUAGGGACAUUUCAACCCGAUGAUCCAAAACAUAUCCUUAUAAAAAAUCUCACUAUCUAAUCUACUUGAUGAUACACAUUCCAGAAUGAAUAGCACUUUACUCCAAUUUAAGUUCUCCAUUGAAGAGGGUGCUUCUACCCAUUGUGAUGAGGGACCAUAUAAGGCUGUGUGGGUUGAAUGAAUAAGUUUAAUUACUUGGGUUACAAGUAACUUUCUGCAUCAUGUUUCUUAGUUAUGUUAUGUCAGUUAAUAAGGGGCUUGGCCCUAAGGGUUUACGAGUACUAGUAGGUUUUGUUAUUCCCUUGUGAUUCCUAUAUAAGGGAGACUAGGGAGUGUUUGUAAGGAUGUUAGUCAUUAAUUAUUGAAUAAAAAUUGCCCUACGGCCCCUUUCUUUUCUGA